AUGAUCCGAUGGAGAUUUGUAGUUCAUGGAGGAAUUGAUGGGUUUUCAAGAGCUGUUGUUUAUCUUGGCUGUGCUUGUGACAACCGAAGUCAGACAGUAUUUCAAUUGUUUCUCAAUAGCAUGUCCACAUACAAAUGUCCCCGUCGAAUUCGGAGUGAUCAUGGGACAGAAAAUGUUGGUGUUGCCAGGUGGAUGCUGCAGCAUUUUGGACCCGCUUCAAAACCAAUUUUAACUGGCCUUUCUGUCCAUAAUCAAAGGAUUGAACGAUUGUGGAGAGACGUCAACACAUGUGUCAUCAGUUAG